AUGGCCUCUUCCCCUCGAAUCGCCAUCAUCGGCGGCGGCCCCGCAGGCCUCACGCUCGGCCUCCUCCUACACAAGCACAACAUCUCCUUCACAAUCUUCGAGCGUCGUCCCAAGCCCACUCCUUCAGACCUCGCAAAGCCCUCCGGCUCGCUCGAUCUCCACGAUGAGUCCGGCCUUGCCGCGCUCAAAGAAUGCGGCAUCUACGAGGACUUCCUCAAGCUGACAGGCGAGUGCUCCGAGGCGCAAAAGGUCGCAGACAAGGACGGCACCAUUGUCUACGCCGACAAAGGCGAGCUCAGCGAACGCCCUGAGAUCUCGCGCCAUGCGCUCACAAACCUUCUCACCGAGAAUCUGCCCGCGGAGUCGAUCAAGUAUGAGCACAAACUCUUCGCGGUCUCGCGCUCUACCAACUCCAACUCCAACUCCAACUCAGAAACAGAAGUCGAACUCGACUUCGGCGCACAGGGUAAACAAGCCUUCAGUCUCGUCAUUGGUGCCGACGGCGCCUGGUCGCGCGUGCGCAAUGCACUGACCGAUACAAAGCCCUACUACACCGGCACGCAAGUCAUCACUGCCACAAUCCCCAAUAUCACAAAGACCUACCCACACCUCUCGUCUCUUAUAGGCCAAGGCAGCUUCUCUGCCCUCGCCUAUCGCCACGGCGUCAUGUCGCAGCGCGGCUCCGGCGACUCGGCGCGCAUAUACAUCUUCCUCUCUCUCCCCGAGCAAGAAGACUACGCAAAGACAUCAGGGUGGGAAAGCGCCGACUUCAAGAACAUAAAGAACCAACUUCUCACGGACGAGAGGCUCUUCGGGAUCUUCGGAGAAAAGAUCAAGGACCUCAUCUCUGUCGCCUGCGACGAGGAAGCCAAGUUGGCUAGUUCCAGCACAAACACAAACACAGACCCAGACUCAAUCUCAACCCCGAAUCCAUCUACAUCCACCGGGACCCCACCUGAAAUAAAACCAAACCCAAUCCCCAUGAAACCGCUCUACACGCUGCCCCCAAACACCUCCUUCACGCACGACCCCACCGCCUCAACAACUGCAAUCGGCGACGCCGCGCACCUAAUGCCCCCAUGGGCCGGCGAGGGCGUAAACCUAGCCAUGUGGGACUCGCUGCUCCUGUCGCACGCCAUCGUCAAGGCUUUUAAACAGAGUCAGACCGAGGGCGCCUCGUUCCGGACAGCCUUCGACCCGCUCCUGUCCACCUUCGAGACGGAGAUGUUUGCGCGCGCGGGCGAGAAGGCUGAGGAGACGGUUGGGAAUGGGCAGAUGCUGUUUGGGGAGGACGGGGCGAAGGCGUUUAAGGAGUUUUUCGAGAGUGUUUAUGGGCCGUGGAGUGGUGAUGAUGCAUAG